AUGGAAGAUCUUGUUCUAAAAAGUUAUCUACAAGAAAUAUCAAAGGAGGAUCCUACUUGGUCUACUUUUGACAACAGAGAGUAUUUCAGAUGCUACCCAUCAAUGAUGUCAAAGAAAAGAGAAAACAUUACAUUCAAUGAAUUAAUGCCAGAUUUUAGAGGUACUGCCGAGUUAUACUACAAUUUCUUAUAUGAACAUUGGGUCUAUUCCAAGAGGAACCACAUUGUCACGUCUGGAUUGACAAGGUUCACACCAACCAAGAAGUCAAACAUAUAA